UAAAACUGAGAAGAAAAGGGCAAAUGGUGGAAGUAGGAAUCAACUGAAAAAAAUUGGGAGAUCGAGAAACGGAGGAGCAAGGAGAACAUGAUCGGCGACGUUGCCGCUAAUUCACCGUCCAAUACCGCAGACGAGACAGCGGAGAAUCAACAGCAAGAAAAGCCAUGGCAUUCCUACAUUUACGAGGAUCUACCUCGUACGGUUCAGGAAUCUGCCGAUUCCGCCGUUCGCUCCGCCCGGUCGCUGCAGCAGAAUUCGUCCACUCAUAUUCGGACUCUUCAGGAUCAUGUAGUUCAAUACACAGCACAGUAUAGGAGUUACGAAGAUUUGGUCUUCAGUAAGAUCAAAGAUCAACUCACAAUUGCAAGAGAACACCCAACUUUAUCUGCUGGAAUUGCAAUUUCAGCUGCUCUUCUCCUCAUGAGAGGCCCUAGAAGGUUCUUAUUCCGUCGUACAUUGGGUCGCUUUCAGACUGAGGAGGCACAGAUAAUAAAAGCUGCAAACAACGUAAAUCACUUAACCAUUUCAGUUCAGUUAAUGAAGAAAGAGAGUGAAAAAUUACUUGAAAGGGCUGCUCUUGCUGAGAAAGAGAUGACUUAUGGCUAUGGUGAACUAAGGAAUGCUGGAGGCCAGAUCAAAAGUCUUGCUAAAUCGGUUCAUAAAGCUGAAAGUCAAGCUAAAGAUCUGGUGGAUGAUUUGCGAGAAAUUCCUGGUAGAGAUGCUUUGCGACUACGAGGAGAGGUUGCCAACAUGGCAUCAUCUUUGAAACAGAAGCGACUUGCUAUGAAUAAAAGAAUAAUGCGGAUUUCCGAGUUGGGUAUUCGCGUAUAAUCGUAUUGUUAUAUUUUCACAAAUUCAGGCUUCAGGGCUUCUUGCAUUUAGCCAUUGUUGUGCUAGGAAAUCUCUCCUAGAUUUCGGCUCAAUCGGAUUUUGUCACUGUAUUCUUGAAAAAAAAACCCAUCGAUACGUCGAUACGGGUGCAAUUUUCUUGUUUCUCAUACAUUGUUAAGGUGAUUGUUUUUUACA